UCCCUCUCUAUUCUCGCUCUCAACUCUGAUCUUGCCCCCUCUCUUCUCGCUCUCUCUCUCUCUCUGCAACUGCAAACUACAAAAUCUACAAGAAUCAGAAGUUCAAAACCCUAGAUAUAUUUGAGUUUAUCUAUCUGUCUGCAAGAAUCAAAAGUUCAAAACCCAUAUCGGCAUAUCAUUUCAGAUUGUUCAAAAAAUCAAAACCCAUAUCUUUCAGUUUCCAUCGCCCGCUGUUCCAGUUCGGGUUCGCCGUUCGCAAGCUUCAGCCGCUGGCCAGCCUGGCCCGUUGUCUCUCAACUCUCAAGCUGGCCCCUCUCUCUUCCUGCAACUGCGAUCUUGAUUUGAAAGACUAAUUGGUAAAUUGGGUUGAACUUGAGUCUUGAACAAGCUGAAGGCCCUUAUCGUGGAUUAUAAUUUUUACAAUUACAGCAUCCUACGGUCCUACCAUCUUUUAGAGUGCUUUCAUCACUUCAGACUCUAAGUAUAAAGCACAACAAAUUGGAUCAAUUGAUAUUCAAGAAUGGGGGAGCUAGAAGUUGAGAAGCAUACUAAAUACAUUAUAUCAGUUGAAAAGAAGGAUAAUUUUGAAUCUGUGGUGAUGGAGCAUAUAAGAUUAAAUGGGGCAUACUGGGGGUUGACCACUCUGGAUCUUUUAGGGAAGCUAGAAUCUGUUGAUUCAGAGGAGGUUGUAUCAUGGGUCCUCAAGUGCCAACACGAUUCCGGUGGUUUUGGUGGUAACAUCGGACAUGACCCACAUCUGCUGUAUACCCUUAGUGCCGUGCAAGUUUUAGCCCUUUUUGACAAGAUAAAUGUACUUGACAUCGAUAGGGUGUCAAACUAUAUUGCUGGGCUGCAAAAUGAAGAUGGAUCCUUUUCAGGUGACAUGUGGGGUGAAGUUGACACACGGUUCUCUUAUCUUGCAAUAUGUUCUCUUGCUCUGCUAAAUCGAUUGGAUAAAAUCGAUGUGGAAAAAGCUGUAAAGUACAUUGUGAGUUGCAAAAAUUUGGAUGGUGGAUUUGGAUGCACACCUGGUGGGGAGUCUCAUGCGGGACAAAUUUUUUGUUGUGUCGGUGCUCUUGCUAUAACCGGUUCUCUGCAUCAUAUUGACAAGGACCUUCUUGGGUGGUGGUUAUGUGAGCGUCAAGUUAAAUCUGGAGGUCUAAAUGGGCGUCCUGAGAAGCUUCCUGAUGUGUGCUACUCGUGGUGGGUUCUUUCUAGCUUGAUUAUGAUUGACAGAGUUCAUUGGAUUGACAAGGAAAAGCUUGUUAGGUUUAUCUUGGACUGUCAGGAUAAAGAGAAUGGAGGAAUUUCAGACAGGCCAGAGGAUGCUGUUGAUGUAUACCACACAUAUUUUGGAGUUGCUGGUCUUUCACUUCUUGAAUAUCCGGGUUUGAAAGCUAUCGAUCCAGCGUAUGCUUUGCCUGUUGAUGUUGUAAAUGGGGUUUUCUUUGGCAAAUAAAUGGACGUCACUGACAAUAGUUAGACAUUUUCUCUUUAAUUUUCUUUUAAAACCAUUGUAACAUCUUAUUAAAAAUAUGGAACGAGCUUUAGCUUUGUUUUUAGUAGCUUUUGUUUCUUUACUGCUUAUGACCUUUGUGUACAAUGCAUUCAGAAAGACAACUCCUUUCAAUCCCUUCA